GGGGGCAGCGGCGCCCAGACGGACGGUGCGAGGCGGCUGCUCCGGGCUGGGGCGAGGGUCCCGCGGCGGGACGGGACGCGGUCGGACGGGCGGUACCGGCAACUUCGGCGGCGGCUGUCGGCGAAGUGCGGGCGCAAGGAGGUGCCCCGGGAGCCGGGGUCCGCGUGAGAGUGUGGGCUGCUGCUGGCAGCUACAGGAUGAAGUCGCCUCCUUGCUGCAUGUCUCUUUCUUCCCAAGCGUCCCUGGAGGAACAGGGGAAUAGCACGUCGCUGGGCUCCCUGGACUGCAGUGUUUUCUCCAGCGAGGAGGAGCAGGGGCCCCUGCUGCAGAAGGUCAUUCCUUCCCUGGACUGCUUUACAAUCAAUGUGGGAGGCAGCCGCUUUUUGAUGUCCCAGCAAACUUUGUCUUGCUACCCCGACACUCGUCUCGGCAAACUGGCUGUGGUGGUCUCUGCUGCCCGGGACGUGGCCUCUGGCCUCCUUGAGCUCUGUGAUGAUGCCAACCUGGUGGAGAAUGAGUAUUUCUUUGACCGGAGCUCACAGGCAUUUCACUACAUCCUGAACUACUACCAGACAGGGAGGCUGCAUGUGAUGGAGCAGCUGUGUGCGCUGUCCUUCCUGCAGGAGAUCCAGUACUGGGGCUUGGAUGAGCUCAGCAUCGAUUCCUGCUGCAGAGAUCGGUACUUCCGGAGGAAGGAGCUGAGUGAAGCCUUAGACAUCAAGAAAGAUGCAGAAGAACUGGAUGCUCAAGAUGAGGAAGAGGACUUUUCUGGUAGCCUCUGUCCUAGUGUCAGACAGAAACUUUGGGAAGUUUUGGAAAAGCCUGGUUCCUCUGCAGUAGCCAGGACUUUUGGUACUUUAUCCAUGGCUUUUGUUGUUGUGUCCAUUGCCAACAUGGCUUUGAUUUCAGUAGAGCUAAGCUGGCUGGCCCCACCGCUACUGGAUGCCCUUGAGUACCUGUGCAUUGCGUGGUUCACUGUGGAGUUUGUUCUGAGGUUCCUGUGCACACGGGAUCGGUGUCGCUUUCUGAGGAGUGUGGCAAACAUCAUAGACCUCCUUGCUAUUUUACCUUUCUACAUCACCCUGCUGGUAGAGAGUCUGUGUGGUGGGGAGAGCUCCCAAGAACUGGAAAAUGUGGGGCGCAUUGUCCAAGUGCUGAGACUGCUCAGAGCGCUGCGGAUGUUGAAGCUGGGAAGACAUUCAACAGGGUUGCGGUCCCUUGGAAUGACAAUUGCCCAGUGCUAUGAGGAGGUUGGCCUGCUGCUGCUUUUCCUUUCUGUAGGAAUCUCUAUAUUUUCCACGGUGGAGUAUUUUGUUGAGCAAGGUGUGCCAGGCACAACUUUUACAAGCGUACCUGGUGCUUGGUGGUGGGCAACAACAUCCAUGACAACUGUUGGUUAUGGUGACAUUAGACCAGAUACAACUAUUGGUAAGGUAGUGGCCUUCAUGUGCAUAUUGUCAGGAAUACUAGUUUUGGCUUUGCCAAUAGCUAUCAUAAAUGACCGGUUUUCUGCCUGUUACUUUACACUGAAGAUAAAAGAAGCUGCUCUUCGGCAGCGUGAAGCUUUAAAGAGACUCAUGAAGAACUCAUCCAGUGACUCAAAUAUCAAUGUUAAUUUGCGAGACAUAUAUGCACGCAGUGUCAUGGAUAUGUUACGGUUGAAAAGCAGAGAGCGAGCGAGCACAAGGAGCAGUGGAGGAGAUGACUUCUGGUUUUGACUUUUAAGUUAUUUAGCCUUGUAUAGCAAAUAGACUACUUCAAAAAUGUAGUAUUAAGAAUCUUUUUUUAUCAUUCAACUCAUAGUGUAUUUGCUUUUCCAGCUGGAGUUUUAGUUACUUUUACAGUGAUAUAGCCAGUAUCAGCAAAAGGCUCUCAAGGGGCUCAGAAACAUACUCCCAGAACGGGAUCUUGUUAGGUGAGAAAGAAAAUAAUGGGUCCAUCAAAGUAAAACAGUGUUACAAACACUUGUCUAUGAAUCUUAUGUCCUUGCUAAUGUGUAGUAAUAAAAUCUUAGCUGAAAUUGCCAUGGUGUUUUGAAUUGUAAAGACCUAUAGGAUUUGUACUUGCAAAAAAAAAAAAAAAA